AUGAGCGAAGCCUUCGCCAUAGUAACUGCGGAUUCUCUGGUAUAUUCAAAUGUCCUUGUGUACUCCCCUCGACCAACUCUUGAUGGUGUACUUCACCAGGAAGGUGCAGUCAUACCUGUUCAGUGCCAAUACCGCAGGUGGUACAGUGUUAACAGUGUGGCAGUGGCACCCACUUGGAUCCCAUUUGCAUCUACUGCUUCAGCCACAGAUUUUCUGGAUUUUAGCCUCCGAUUGAUGAGUGAUGACUGGCAGAAUGAGAGGGGCUCAAAUGUCUAUUUUCUCGGGGGUGCGAUACAACUUCAAGCAUCGGUUACCUUGGCAAAACACUCCCCCCUCCUCCUGUUUUUUGACUGGUGUGUGGCUACACCAACUUUUGGCUUUGAUACUAGUGACCUCAAAUAUUCCUUUGUAGAUUAUCAUGGAUGUCUUGCAGACAGUAGGAGUUUGUACUCUCGCUCCAAGUUCUUGUCGAGGAGUCAAGGCAACAGAUUAAACCUGCUACUGGAUGCCUUCAGAUUCCACAAACUGACCAGCAACUUGGUGUUCAUCACAUGUUACCUGAAGGCCAUCCCUACUGUGUAUUCUGUGAGCUCUCAGAAUCGAGCAUGUUCUUUUAUUGAUGGAAGGUGGCAGUCUGUGGAUGGAAAUGAUGAGGUGUGUAACACCUGUGAGCCGUCCAAACAAACUGCGGCAGAGCCUAAACCAAUCCAGCCUUUCCGCAUCACACUAGCCCCUCCCGUCAGGCAGCCUUAUUUGGCCCGAAAACCGGGACCUGCUAAUUUAUUUAGUGUGAGACCCGUUCAGUCAUUAGAACCCUUUAAAUCUUUCAUGCAAUCAAGGCAGUAUGCUUAUGGUGGUCUGUCAAAGAAAGGAACCGACGCCAAAGGCUGGGGUAAGAUUGCCACCUUGGGUCCUCUAUUUCUGACCCCAAAGCAAGAAACGACCACCCAAUCAACUGGGUUCCCACAAUCCGGCCCAGCUGAGGUCUUCUUGGCAUCCGUUGCUGAGGAGCCAGAGCUCUUAUUCAAAUCGACCAAGAUGAGUCCCGUGAUUGAUGAGCUGGAGUUUAAAACUGAUCAAGAGACUGGAAGCUUCAGUCCAUUAGAGAAGGGCCUGUUCCUUAAUGCUUCUCUUUUCAGUUUAGAUGAGGGGAGUGGGUUUGAACAAUGACCUGCCGCUUAAGAAAAAUUAGCUCAAGGAAAAAUGGAAGCUGACAAUGUGACUUUCUAAAAAUAAAAUUUUAGAACAUCUUGUCUUGUUCCUUGACAUUUCUUUAAAUUCUGUGGUCAGAAAUAUGUUCAUGCAUUAAUACAUGCAUUUCAAUUGUUGAAGUUUGUAUUUGACAAAAAUUGCACAUUC